UUGUCAAUGUAGGGAUGACGCUAAGUAUGCAGCCAGGCACGUUGCCAGUCGGCUCUGUGGCCCAAACUAUUCCGAUGACUGGUAUGCCGCAAACUAUAUCGAUGGUCCAACAAAUACAUCCUGUAAGUAAUCUUAAUUUGCAUUUAUGAUAGACAGAUAUAUUGUAUAAUUAUUAAUAUUUAUUUCAAUGAAUUAUUUUACAUCAAAUAGUGAUAAUCAUUAUAAUAAAUUUUACUGAAAUGUAUAUUAUUGUUUUGAUAACGUAUAUUUUUAGUGUUACCUAUUAUAUAAAAUAUAUCAAUAUAACAAAAAAAAAAAACACGAAAUAAAAACUAACAAAGAAAUAGAACCAACUUCAAACUUAAAAAAUAAUACUUAUAUCGAAAGCGAGUUAUUCAAGAGAAUCUAUUUUUUGUUAUCUUUUGCAACCACAGCUGAGUGGGAUGGCUCAGCCUGGAACGUUGGUUGGACAGAUCAAUAGUGGACAGCAACAACAGAACGCUUCUCUCACUCAGGUGCAGCCACAGACUAUAGUCAGUAAUGGCCUAGUGCAGACUUCUGUAGGUAUGGCAGUGCAACAACAGCAAGGUUUGGCUCACGCCACGUCAAUGCAAACGGUGUCGGGCAACAAUUUAAACUCGCCACAGUUGACGUUGCAAUCGGCUCAAGGCACUGUGGGUCUGAUAGCCGGACCGGUGCCGGGCUCUGUGUUGCCGUUGCAGCCACAGACUACACUAGUGGCACACGUUAAAAGCGAAGAUGAUAAAGGACAAGCGAUCGCGCCGCCUGCUAGUGUGGUAAGCCCCUUUCUUUACUUUUUUACGGAGACUUUUGACACAAAAUCCACGAACGGAACUGUGUUCUUACAAGAUCGUUCGAUAGUUCAUUUUUUAAAAGUAGAUAUAAAACCUUUAGCUGUCCAGUCUCUGUAGCAUGAACAACGCAUGUCACGCGAUAUGUAAUAUAAUAUUGGAAAGCUCGUAAUCCGUCUCACGUACACUGCUUAAAUGUAAGCAGGACAGUAA